GAGGGGUGUGAACUGAAUCCAAUAUACAAAUAUAAAUAAAUAUAAUAUGUACGGAUGUGCAUACAUCGAUGCAUUUGCGCUGCAAGUGAACAGUUAUAACUUGCAAGCGGAACAAUAACGGACACUUGUCAACAAGCGAUUGGGGCAAGUGGACGUUGACCAGUGCGGCGGCUGCUCUAAAGUGCUGUUGUUGGGGAAAAUAUAUAUAAGUACACAAAGGGGUGACAUUUUUAGAAAAAGAAAUUUAUAAUGAAAAAAUAUUGAUGCAAGCUGAGGUUGAGGGCGAAAUGCAUAUAGUAUGUCAAAUUAUUGAUGAAAUUUGUUCUUCAAUAAUAACAACAACAACUCUGGCACAUUAUCACAAGCUGACAGCAAUACAAUUGAGUCGAUACGCUGCCAUUUGCCACACAGUGAAAUUAAACUAUAUUUUUUCUGAUUUUUAUUUGCAUGCAAUCAGCGAAAUUGAUGAAAAGAAAGCAAGCAAAUAUGUGUAUAUAGAAAUCAGUAAAUAAAAAGAUAUUUAUGUACGAGUGUUUAAAUAAGUGUGAAUAGUGCGAUAAAUUGCAUAUGCCAUUAAAUGGCAUGAAGAUUUAAAUGUGCAAAGCGAGUAAUAAAGUACAAAAAAUGCUUGAAUCAUAAAAUGAAAAGUCGUAAAAAUACUUGAUUAAGUGAAAAUAAGCGCGUGGAGCUUAAAAUGUGGCAAUUAAAUGUACACCAACGCAAGGAAGUGUUCAAAUGAGAUUUAUUUUAAGCCAAAAAUUAAUUAAUUAAAAAUAGAAAUCGCUCAAUGUGCUUUAAAAUACAUUAAAUGUUCGUUAAAUGAGCUAAAAAUGUGAAAACAUAUCAAUUAUUUGCAAGACAAGCAAUCAGUGUAAGGAUGAAGGUAACUCAUACGCCCGCGUGGCGCUUUUAAUGAGCACGAAAAGCUAAAUUAAAGUGGCUUUAAAUAGAAAUAAGCAAAUGUUUAAUGACCUACAGCCUUACAGAUAAUGAUUGUGGUUGCAUUUGAUUGCCUUUAAACAACAACAACAACAAUAUGUGCCCGCAACUCGCCUCAGUUGGGGGGCUGAAGGAAGUUUCAACUCCAGCACAUCCGGUCACAGAGGCACGCAGCGACAGCAGGCAGCAGCAGCGAGUGACAGCUUAACCAUAAUCCGGUGAUAAUACCACAAAAAGUCGUUAGCGAACUUUUUCCAGCUGAAAGCUGUUAUAAAUAAACAAAAACAAGAAAAUCUCAAAAAAGAAAAUAAAAACAUAAAAGUGAUAAAAAAUGCUGAAAUAAAAUAAAUGCAUAAAUAAUGUGAAAUAAAAUGUAGCACAUUUGGUCGUCCGCAAGCUGCAAUCAACACCCAGUGCUUAAUCCCUUCCACACUCAAAUCAUUCAUUGCUCCUAAAUCACUUGAUUGCGCCGCACAAACCACAGCAGUGACCGAGAUUUAUUGCCGCAUACUGCUGCUUCCAUUAUAUGAAUACGUGUGUUUAGAGUGCUGUGUGUGUUGCCCGGUCUUUAGUGCUACACACUCACUCUCCAAUCGCCAGUGACGUCGCACUCGCAAUGAGCCACCAGUUUCAAGUGAGCUACACCGCCCUUGAGAUGACCGAUGAUAAUCAUCAUGCUUCCUCCAUGCCGUCGGUGGUGUCGUCAUCAUCGCCGCGUACAGCGCGCAAUGUCAAUUUCCAUAGUGAAAUCAACGAUACACCACCCACACCGCCACCCGGCUAUCCACCGCAACAAUUGCCGGUACGUCGCACCUCGAAGUCGUUCUUUCAGCGGCCGCGUUCGAUGUCCGCUUGGAGUGAUAUCAGUCGCAGUAGUAUGCGUUUGGAUGAACGGUAA